AUGUUCUCCAAGUCUCAAGCCGCCUUCGUCGCCCUCUCCAUCUUCGCCGCCUCCGAGCAGGCCUUCGCGCGCUACCUCGUCCUGGAGCGCGAUGGACGGGCCCUCAACUCCCGUUCGUUCGGCCACGAAAACCCGGCCGUGAUCCAGAAGCUCGGUGCCGCGUGCCCUGGGCAGGUCUGCGGGAACCUCUCCGGUGCCGCGAUCACGCCCCUCCUCGCCGCGCAGCCCGAGUGCUCGCAACAGGACAUGGCCGACCAGAUCAUCGACGCGGCUCAGCAGUUCGACGACGCCACCAAGGCGAACAUGAUCGCGCUCGCCAUCGAGUACCGCCAGGCGGAGAAGAACACGCCUCCCGACUUCACGACGAACCCGCCCACGCAGCGCAACUCCGUCUUCUGCCAGAAGGCGCCCAAGAACGCGGAGCUCAACGGCUUGGUCCAGGCCCAGGACCCUGCGAACGACCCUAAUGUCUUCUUCGACCCUGCCACCGGCAAGUCUGUCCAGAAGGGCUCGCAGGCCAACACCUCGCCCUUCGGUGGUGCCGCCGCGUCGGGCAGCUCCGCGUCCUCGGCUUCUGCCUCCUCUGGUAACAACCUCGCGGUUGCGACCAGCGCCGCCGCCUCGAGCGCCGCCACUACUCCCUGCGAGACCGUGGUCACCGUCACCGUGACUGCCUCCGCUGCUGCUGCUACCUCCACCGCCGCCGCUGCCACUGCUGCCGCGAGCUCCGACAUCGGUGACUUCGGUUCGUGCUCCAUCCCCCAGAUCGAGUUCGCCACCGGCUUCGACAACCGCAAGGAGACCAGCUUCCAGCCCGUUGACAAGACCUCCUUCAACCACGGCUCCGCGCAGAACAUCGACAUCAUCACGCAGUUCAUCUGUGAUACGCUCACCAACUCGUGCGGCGCCGACGCGACCGCAAAGGCGACGUGCCAGACCGCGCGCACCGCGGCUGACACCGUGACGGCGAAGACGGGUGGCCAGGCGGACGCGUUCAACGCGGUGUUCGGUAUCCAGACCGACUUCGCCGCUGUCACCGCCGUCGACGACCAGGGCCGCGCAAUCGCAGGCACCGGCUCCGCGACCGCCUCUAGCAGCAGCAGCGCCGCGGCCGCCUCAGCCUCCACUGCCAGCUCCUCCAACGCGUCCAGCGGCUCCGCUGCGGCCAGCUCCGGCGGCAUUGGCGACUUCGGCUCGUGCUCGGUCCCCCAGAUUGAGUUCGCGACUGGCUUCGACAACCGCAAGGAGACGAGCUUCCAGCCCGUCGACAAGACGUCGUUCAACCACGGCUCGGCGCAGAACAUCGACAUCAUCACCCAGUUCAUCUGCGACACCCUGACGAACAGCUGUGGUGCCGAUGCGACCGCCAAGGCGACCUGCCAGACUGCCCGCUCCGCCGCCGACACCGUGACCGCUAAGACCGGUGGCCAGGCCGACGCGUUCAACGCCGUCUUCGGUAUCCAGACCGACUUCGCCGCCGUCACCGCCGUCGACGACCAGGGCAACGCCAUCGCUGGCACUGGGUCGGGCUCUGCCGCUGCCGCCACGUCUGCUGCCGCCGCGACCACCGCUGCUGCGACCAAGGCCGCUGCGACGUCCACCUCCGCUGCUGCCGCCGCUGCGACCUCUGCGGCGGCUGCGUCGACUGCGGGCAACCUCCAGAAGUUCACUGGUGCGCUCGGCGGCGUGACGCCCCCGACGGUCACCGCGAACGCGGACGGCUCGUUCCAGGUCACGGGCAACUCGUCGUUCAAGGAUCUCAAGAGCGCGACGACGCGCUCGUGCGACGUGCAGCACAACCAGUGCGCCAACGCCGCGAACGCAUCUGGGAACAAGGGCGACCUCACCGUCUCCGCGUGCGGCACCCAGCAGACGCAGUGCGAGGCCGCCAACUAG